AUGCAGAUCUCUUUCUUGGCACUUGCUCUCAUGGCUGCAGCUGGUGCUCAAGCCGCCCUCCACAAGUCCGCUGCUUGCGUCUCCAACAGGGUGUCUUCACCUGUAGGCGGCACUCCUUGGAGCGUGAGCUACAAUUGGCAGACCAACUAUGAAGUCCUCCCUGAUGCUACAGAAUGUGCCUGCAACUUCUACAAGGCGCGAAACAAGGGAAGCGAAUGGUGGAACACAUGCCCUGAUUGUGCCUUCGACGGUACUAUCUGCAGCUCUCCCGAUGGCCAUAUCGGUGGCGAUGAGAUGGCAUACUACUGCAAGGAGCUGUGUGGUGCUCAGGGAUCAGAGGCCGACUAG